AUAACAAUGAAGAUAUAUUUUCAUGGAGGAUUCAAAUUCUAAUCUUCUACUUUCCAUCUUUUCAAUAUUUUCUAUAGAGCUCUGCGGUAACAAAUCCGUGGAGGCUCAACUGGUAAAUGGUUUGACAAAAAGCAUCGAAGAACACUUUCAGGAUCACAAAGCUAAUGGGUCAGCCAUAAAAGUUGCCAACAAGCAACCUUUUGUGAUUGGUGUUUCUGGUGGAACUGCAUCUGGGAAGACAACAGUUUGUGAUAUGAUUAUUUCUCAGCUCCAUAAUGUUCUUGUCAAUCAAGAUUCGUUUUAUCAAAUUUUGAGCGAUGAGAACUUAAAACAAGUUAAACGUUAUAACUUUGACCAUCCUGAUGCCUUCGAUAGCUAUUUAUUGCUUUCGUGUAUGGAGAGAUUGAAACUUGGGCAGGCUGUUGAUAUCCCCAUUUAUGAUUUCAAGACGCACAAAAGGACGUCGUCAUACAAGGUUAACCCAUCAGAUGUCAUAAUUUUGGACGAAAUAUUAGUUUUUCAUGAACCUCGUGUUCGUGAUCUUAUGAACAUGAAGAUCUUUGUUGAUACAGAUUCUGAUUUGCGGCUGGCAAGGAGGAUUCAGCGCGAUACUGUCGAGCGAGGCAGAGACAUUCAGUCUGUGCUUAACCAAUACUCUGAAUUUGUGAAGCCUGGUUUCGAGGAGUUUAUACUUCCUUCCAAGAAAUAUGCUGAUGUUAUCAUCCCACGCGGAUCAGAGAAUCAUGUGGCAAUUGAUUUGAUUGUGCAACAUAUUCGCACGAAACUUUGUCAGCAUCACAUAUGUAAAAUAUACCCAAACAUUAGUGUUAUCCACUCGACACACCAGGUUGUGGAGCAUGGUUUAGGUCACCUUCCAUUUACUGAAAAACAAAUUACUACUCCUUUAGGAUAUGUAUACAGUGGAGUAUCUUUCUGUAGAAAACUGUGUGGAGUCUCCAUAAACAGAAGUGGAGAAAGUAUGGAAAAUGCACUAAGAGCUUCCUGUAAGGGUAUCAAAAUUGGUAAAAUCCUUAUCCAUGGGAAACGCAACGACCCACGGCAGCUAAUCUAUGAGAGGCUACCCGAAGACAUUUCAGGUCGCCGAGUAUUAUUGUUGGACCAUGUUCUUGCUACAGGAAACUCUGCCGUUGAAGCAAUUUCUCUGCUAAUCAACAAGGGUGUACAGGAAUCCAACAUUAUUUUCCUUAAUCUUAUAUCAUCUCCAGAUGGACUACACGCGGUAUGCAAGAAAUUUCCAAAGCUCAGGGUCGUUACUUCAGAGAUUGAUGACUUAUUAGACAAGGAUUCCCGUGUACUUCCAGGUGUAGGAGAGUUUGGUGACCGUUACUUUGGCACCAAUGUAACUCGGCCAUGAAUAGAGCUGUAACAAACAUGACAACCACCUUCAUUUCUCGGUUAGUUCACAUUUUUCAUCUCCGGGUGACUGUCAUAAGUUUUGUAAAACGUGGCUUUGGGUACAUGUUUCUUUCUUCCAUCGAAAUAAUUACAUAUAGCGUCCCCAACUUACCAAUCCGUCUGAGUUGAAAUAGGUUUGAUUUCAUUUACCUUUAAUACAGAGGAAAGACUACUUGAAUGAAGGGUGAAAUACAGAUGUACCCUUUUUUUUAUGUGCGUUUUCAAAUGUACCCCGUUUUGUCUAUCGGGUAUUUUUUUCUUUUGAAAGUUAAAUAGAUUAA